GUGCAUAUACGAGGAAUACUGCUGAAGUGACAGUCCUUGGCCGGAUAUAAAUCCGGGUCGUUCCGGUUACGUAGAACCGACUGUCGUGGGAACGUAGGUAUUUUUGUAGGUCUGUGAUUACGGUUUGAGGGUUUUGUUAUUUGUUAUUAGUUUCGUCCAUACAGUAUCGAUUUUCGUAGGUGUCUCACAAGUGCAGGUAUUGUGUACAUAAAACAGGCACUGGCCCGCGUGAAAUAAACAAAACGGAAACUACGCGUGCGUGAGUAAACAACGAAGUAAAAUAGCUGGGCAUAGUUGAGAAAAAAAUUAUUCGCUGCUACAGUAGGAUAAAUUACAGCAAUUAAGUGUUGUUUAUAAAAUAAAUUGUUAUCUAAGAAAGAUAAGUGCUUAGAGUAGCCUAGACAUGGCUUACAAUACUGUAUUACUGCAAUACGCUCCUCUGCAAUCUUUUGUUAAUCACACAUUUUGGCAUAAACUGUCUGAAAUCAAAUUGAAUCACGACCGUCUUUCGGAUGCGCCUAAGCCAAUUUAUGGUUACUACACCAAUUUCAACGCGAAGGCAUGUCUUUUAGAAACAGAUUACUCAGCUUUCAAUGGCGAUUUCACGGCGCCACGCAACUACCACCCCGCCGUCGGCACCCUCUACAACAAAAAUACAGUUGAAGAAUUCAAAGCGUGUGAUAAAAACGAAUUACUACAAUCGGAGGGAAAAAAAAUAAUAGAAGAUUUUCGAACAGACCGUGUUCUAGACGAUCCGAAAUUGUUUGCACGAUUCUUCGUUCUUUCAUUUGCGGAUCUUGCCAAGUACAAUUACUACUAUUGGUUUGCGUUUGCUUGCCCUCUAACCCCCACAUUAAAGGUUGAAAAUGGUUCGGUAGCACAACCAUUGGCAGACAUUCCAGAAUUGCAGCAUUUAGAGAGUUUGCUUAAAAGUAAGGUAAACAAACCCAAUUUUUUUGUAGUCAAACGCUAUGAAAAGGACACCAUUUACGAGUUAAAAGAUAUAGUCGCAAAUAACGUGACAUUAGCGGAGCAAAAUGAAGAUAUUUACUUCGCCUUUGCCGAUCCUAGUGAAUACGAAUAUCCUUCGUGGCUCAUGCGUACAUUCGCAGCAUAUAUCUUUUACAAAUGCCCCUCGUUGGUUGGCAAGCCAGUAAAAUUUUUGGGCAUACGUUUCGAUAGCAAAUUUGGCUGCGAAAAAAGCCUGGUGUGGACUGUACAACAAUCGGAGGCAGUAAACUUUAAUGAGGAUACACAAUUCGUUGGCUGGGAACCGAAUCGCAAUAAUAAAAUGGGUCCACGUAUUGUUUCGAUGCGAGAUAGCAUGGACCCUACUAUCUUAGUUGAAAGUGCCAUAAACUUGAAUUUAAAAUUGAUGAAAUGGCGAUUGGUGCCGGAUUUGGAUUUAGAUGUUAUUUCAAAGACGAAAUGUUUACUUUUCGGUGCUGGUACGCUCGGAUGUAAUGUUGCGCGCAAUUUACUUGCAUGGGGCUUUAAGCAUAUAACAUUUCUGGAUAAUGGUCGCGUCAACUUUUCAAAUCCCUUACGGCAAACACUAUACACUCAUGCAGAUGCUAUCGCUGGUAAUGUAAUGAAAGCAGAUAUUGCUGCCAUACGCGUGAAAGAAAUCAAUCCAACUUCAGUUUGCACUGGGCAUGUUAUGCAAAUACCCAUGCCUGGCCAUACCAUAGGCGCAUCGAUGCAGCAACAAACCGAAGAAGACUUGAACAAUAUAAAGCGUUUAGUCCAGGAGCAUGAUGUCAUCUUUUUACUCACCGAUUCGCGGGAAAGCCGUUGGCUGCCAACACUCCUUGGAACAACUUUUGGAAAGAUAGUUAUAAAUUCUGCAUUAGGAUUUGAUAGCUACUUAGUGAUGCGUCAUGGGGCAGGUUCGCUAUGCAACAAGGCAGCUGGUGAUGCCGCGCAAGCUAUAGAUAUUGGCGAUCUAAAAUGUAUUAGCGGAGAUAACUUGGGCUGCUACUUUUGUAAUGAUGUUACGGCACCGGGAAAUUCCCUGAAGGAUCGUACGCUGGAUCAGCAAUGUACAGUUACACGACCAGGUGUAUCCUGUAUCGCUGCUAGUUAUGCUGUCGAAUUAUUAGUGUCUCUGUUGCAGCAUCCACUACGGGAACGAGCACCUGCCUAUUAUUGUACUACCGGCCAGCCGAAUACCAAAGUACCCGAAGGUCUACUAGGUAUCAUUCCGCACUCGAUACGUGGUCAGCUUUGCAAUUAUGAAAACAUUUUGCCGGCAACACAAAAAUUUUCACAGUGUAUUGCAUGUUCGGAGAAAGUGCUUGCGGAGUAUCGCACAAAUGGUAACGCAUUUUUAUUUAAAGCAUUUGAAACUGCCAAAUAUUUGGAAGACUUGACUGGUAUAUCUGAUUUUAAAACACUGGAUAGCGCAAUUAUUGAAUUCGAUGAUUCAGAUCUGGAAAUGUCCGAUUCGGAAGACAUGUAAUUUUUACCAAAGAAUGUGUGCUGAUAUUAGCUUAAGACUAUCCUUGUAUGCGCCAUAAAAGUCAAAUGUAAAUUCCGGCAUAAAUUAGUUUUUCUAAUAUUUACAACAAUUUAAGAUAACGAUCUUUAUAUGCAAUACAUACCUAAAUACAUUAACCUAAACAAUUAUCGUAAACGCAGAAAAUAUGUAUGCCUUUUAUUAGCUUAUUAUAAGUGUACGAUAUGCUUUAUAUUUAGUUUUAUAUGCAAAAAAUUGAUAUAUGUUGUGUAAAAGUAAACAAAGUGCAAAAUAAAUGUUACUACGAAAGAGUU